UUAACUACCUGUCAUGUUACGGGGGAGUCUCCUCUUCUCAAGUGGACUUGACGCAUCGGGGAUUCCUCAUUAGGCUCGGUUGUAUGCAGGCAGUCAGAGAGCAGGGGCAACACACGCACACGCCCGCCAUCAUGUUUACAGGGAUGCGGACAGAGAACCGCGGAGAAAAGGUGGUCCUGGAUGCAGCGACUCUGAGGCAACAGAGGAGGCUGAAACAGGCGAUCCAGUUCCUCCAUAAGGACUCCGCUGAUCUGCUUCCUUUGGAUGGACUGAAGAAACUCGGGACUUCUAAGCAGGGGCAGCCACACAAUAUUCUCCAGAAGCGCCUACUGGAGGCAAAGCUGUGCAGAGGCAGGAUAAACAUGUGUGGAGUAACACCAAACCAUGGAGAAGUUCGUCUGAGCCGUAGCCAUGUAAAUUCACAGGAGGAUGAGGAGGAUGACUUCAUCCUUGUGCCCUGCAAGUGUCUAGGACAGGAAGUGAAUUUGCUGAUUGAUACAGGUUGCAAGUUGAAUCUGAUGUCCUCUGUGACUGCGGAGAGAUUUGGUUUAAAAGAACUGGUCGAAGAGAUCAAAAUGGAGAUAGAUGGCUUUCCAUUUCAGCGCAGGCUCUGCAUCGAUGGUCACAUCAAGGAGCUCGGCCUGACUGUCGGACAAAUCAGGAUAACUUGCUCAUUUGCCAUAGUGGAAAGUAACAAGCACCUCAUGUCCUUGGGCAGCAAAACUUUAAAGACACUCAAGUGUGUGAUCGAUACAGAAAAGCAGAUCAUGGUGAUUGGGACAACUGUGAGGGAGCAGAUUCAUUUUGCCAAAAAGCAAUUUAGUGAAGGCUCCACAGACUUCAGAGACCUGGGUUACUAGUUUUCCUAGCCACAAAUAAACCCACACUGACCAAAAGCAAUAGGAACAUUUACUCCUACAACCAGAUGCCUCAUUGGAGAACUUCAGAUUUCUACCUUCACACACUUUCAGUGUCUGUUUGCCGGUUUGCUUGCUGUGUUUAGAAAUCCUGAUGCUCCACAAUGACUUCACCGAGCUUAACGUUGGCAGCCGUUAAGGCAGCCGUUCUCACUCUGCAGCUGCUCGCACCUGCAGGUUAACAUGUAGCGUUCUUUUAGCCCAGAGUGUGUGAGUCUCGUAUUAGCAGUCGCUACAGUAGUACGUGGUGUGCAGGUAGUUAACAGAAGCUGUAAUCUCUAAGAUUGUGAUAUAACUGUGAUUUUUAGCUCUUUGUAAUAUCCAGCAAAUUAGUAUUAUGCUGACAGACAUGAUAUUCUACAGCCGUGGAGUUAGUUUGUGUAGAUUAGGAGCUCAGCACAAUCUAUUGAAUACAGAUUAGGUGUUUCUCUACUAUAUUUGAUAAUGUUGUAAAUGUAUUUUCUAGUUGAAUCGUGUAUUUGCAUUGAGGUCACUGCCUUUUAAUGUUUACAGGAUUGUAGUGACACUUAGGUUUUAUCACCCAACGGAGGCAAAAGUGUACCACUGAAUAAACAAAUAA